AUGGCGGGCAGUUUGGCUCUCUUCUAUUACAGUGGUCUGGAUGUUCAAGUUUUUGAUUAUUCGGAUUUCCAAGUUUCUUGUGUGGUAGAUGCUGGUUUCCCUGGUAGGUCUUGGGCUUUUUCAGUAGUCUAUGCAUCGCGUGAUGAUUCCAUUCGAGCAUCUCAGUGGCGCUACCUUCAACGUCUUCAACCCAGCCUUUGUUCUCGGUGGUUGUUGCUCGGGGAUUUCAAACGCUAUGCUUCAUCCUCAGGAGAAACGAGGAGGUUUAAAGGAUUCCCGUACACUUGGUGUAAUCAGAGGGAGUAUCAUAAUACUAUCUGGACCCAGAUUGAUAGAGGUCUUUGCUCUCAAGACUGGUUGCGUGUUUUUCCUCAUUAUUCUCUCUUGCAUCUCCCAGUCUCGGGUUCGAACCAUGCGGCCCUUUUGUUAGAUCUCAAUGUUCAAGUUAAUUCUAGUUCGCGUCAGUUCUUUUUCGAUGCUCGCUGGCUCAAAUUCCCGGAAUAUUCUACCGUUAUUAAGGAUUCUUGGGCUUUCCCUUGUCAGGGAUCCAAUCUUUUUAGAUUAAAAGAGAAACUUAAAGCUUGCAAAGCUAACCUUAAGUGUUGGAACAGGGGUCGUAAUCACAAUUCCUCUCAACGGAUCCAACAGCUUCAAACACAAUUAGCCUCUCUUAAAUCUUCUGAUAAUCUUUUUGAUCGUUCUGAAAUCUUUUGGCUUGAAAAGGAACUGGCUGACGAAUUGCACAAUGAGGAAAUUUUCUGGAAGUAG